GCUAGCAUUAGCAUGCUAUGCUAGUGCAGAGGUAUAGCGUACACCAGCACCAGAUGGCUCUGUAACAGCAGUUGAUAGCAAAACUGGAGAGACAGUAGCUCAAGGCAACGCGACAGAUGGUGGUUCAGCCGUAGCUGGAAAGCUUUAUGGCGUUUUCUCAAUCAUAAUUGGAGUAGUUUUAUCAUCAAUUGGUUUGCAAGAGAAAUGGAGAGUCGGUGCAGGUUUUAAUGUCGCACUUGUGGCAGCAAUGAUCAUUUGGAUAGUAUUUAUUGACAAUAUUGGCGAAAAGAGCUUGGCAAACACCGACAAAAACUCGGAUGUAAUUAUUUUUGUCGCUACAGCCGUUGUUUUUCUUGUCGUCACGCUCGUAAUCGUUUUUGCACGCGGUGUUAAAGUCGGUCAGGCUCUUUUGGGUCCUGUUGGAUUUACCUCACUAGGACUUCUGGCGAUGUUGCUUAUCCCUUCAAGUGCUACAGAUGAGCUUUGGCCACGUGCACUCCUUGUUGGUCUUCUCGCUGGUGUUGGUUUGGGUUCUUUCUUCUUCAAACCAACAAGAAGAGCUGGCCAGACACUUGGUGUUUCUUGGACUGGUCUCUUCAUGUUCUUUUUAGGUGUUGACAUCUUAGUUGAAUCGCAAGAUGGUUUCAGCUUGGGAUUACGUAAAUUCUUUGAUAGCAACCUCCAUCAUUACAUAGACCUUGAUAAGCCGUAUGAGCUCACAACGCCUACAAUUGUAAUGUGCGCUUUAGGAAUAACAUUUGGUCCAAUUCUCGCUGUCGUUCAACACAAAUUCCACCCAUCUCCAAAGCAUCAAUGGGGUGUUGACGAAGAGAAACGCUGUAAUAGACGUUGGAUUAGCAAAGACAAACGCUACAGACCAUCUCUACCAGCUUCAAAUGGUACCAUCAUCUACGGAGGUAGCACAGCUACGCCUUCCAUGACGUCUUCUAUGAGUUCAAUGAAGAAACCUAUGAUGUCUCAAAGACCAGCACCACCUACACGCGUCAGGACAAGAUCCUCAGUUAUGACAUUCAACAAAGUACCCGAAAGCCCACUCGAAAGUGAAUUUGACGGUGUGCAGAAAUUAGGUUACGCCAGUGGAUCUAGCUCUGAUGACUCUCACGUUGAUUCCUCGAACGAGAAAGCAGGAAUUGAGCCAGUAAUUGUUGAACUAAAACCUGAUGAUAAGAAGGAGGUUGAAAAGGAAGAAAACAGUAGAGACAACAAAGAAGAAUCUAAUGAUAGUGGUGAUGAAGAAUUGUCAACGUAUUCAAACUCAACAUAUUCACCAACUAAACGUGAUUUAUCUGUACUGACGAAAUCUAAGUCCCAAGCAAUGUCACAAGCACGCUUAGCUGGAUCGCAAGCACAAUUAGCUCAGGCACAUUCACAAUUCGCAGAUUCACAACCGCAAUUGGAUAAAUCAGAAAGCAAUUACACGCAAUCUAAAUCACAAAAUCAAUCAUUAGCUUUAUCGCAAUCUAACGUAUUCCCAGAAUCACAAAUUUUUGCAUCUAGAAUUGAUUCAAUUGAAAAAAUACCAAUGCCACCACAAAGGAAGAUAGAAGACCCGAUUUUAUACGAUAAUUACGAUACUAUAACCAAACUUGAAAAGCACUUAUCGAUGAUCAUUGAGGACAGAGCAACAGAGAAUGAUUUAAUGUCUUCAAUGCCAGGUUCACCUUUUACAGGACCUGCACCAAGAAGGGCUAGCGUUGUUUCACCAACUAAGGUGAUAGAUUCACCUAGUAUGUUGACGGAAAGUGCAACAUUUUCACCAGUUCAAUCACAGAUGAAUAUCAAUGGUGUGACAUUAACUGAAGCACUAACAGAUGACUCACGCGAAGUUAGACUAAAGGAAAGUAUGGACGCAGUCAGCUUGCAUCCUAGUCUAAUUGAUGAUGAUGACCUUAAUGUAAUCUACAAGUAUAACAAUGAUGACUUCUAA